GGAGAAAACUGUUCGGUGGCCAGAAUGGUCAUUCCCCCGGGCUCUCUCCACAGCCUCCGAAAACUUGCCAAUUCGUCCACUGGAAAUUUUGAAAGUUCAUGCGAAGUCUCGCCGUCUUCGCUUGCCGGGAAUGUCACCAUCACAAGGUAAAUGGCCAUUUCCAGGCGAUCGCACCAAAGUACCGCCACCUUCUACCGCAGAGGACCGGGAUUUCAAUGCUUCUCAACUUGAGUCCGGCAUGUGCCUAACUCUCUACCAGCCGCUCCCUGUUGGGACCAGCAUGAGCCAAGGUUUCAGUAUCCCCCAUUGGCGCGAGCGUGAAGGCGUCCUACGCUACCAACAUGACAGCCAAGGUGGGCAGCAACGUCGGCUUAAAGUGUUUCGUCCAGCAAAACUCUCUCAUGUUGUCUACGUAUUGGCAGCAAGCGUUGACACGGGAAACCCAGGCUACUAGUAACCUCCAGAACCUCCCCAUGUCACCUCAAGAUAUCAAAUGCAAGUUCAACCAUGUCGGCGUCGCCGUAGAUGAUCUCGAUGCCGCGGUCAAAUGGUACACGGACACGCUCGGUCUACAUCAGAUAAUCGCCCCUGCCCAUAUGAACAGAAAACAAGAUCCCAAUGGUAUCGUCUUUCGAGUCUACGGAUCAGACCUUCACGAGGUCAAGGUCGCCUACCUAGGCUUCGAGAAUCAGAUUGGGUUUGAGAUCUUUCAAUUCGUGGAUCCACCACACCACGGCGGCACGGUAGCGUGUCCGGCACGCUUCGACGCCCAAGCAUGGACGCGUGGGGGCUUCUUUCAUAUCGCCGUGACCGCAGCGGAGCCCGAGACACUGGCGCAAAAGGUACAGACCGCUGGAGGAAAGCGCGUUGGUAAAUCUGUGACGCUACCAAACGGCGAGACGGCUUUAUAUGUGCAAGAUCCCUGGGGCAAUGUCAUUGAGGUCUGCUCCGCCGAUUUCAAACGCUUGAUCACUUCUUGACUGCGAUGAUGAAAAAAUCAGGUAGCUUGAUGC